AUGCUCUUCACGACUGCACUCCCGCUCCUCACCUCGUUCUUCGGUGCCAUUUCGUCGGCCGUGGCACUCGGCUCGUCUUGCAGCGCGCCAUUGGGUUCCGGAGGCGCCGCUCCGUCUGAUCCAUACUGGCUACAGACCAUCCAACACCAGGGAACUGCACCUUACGCUCCGUCUGGUUACGCCGUCUUUCGCAACGUGAAGGACUUCGGGGCCGUCGGAGAUGGCGUUCAUGACGACACCGCCGCAAUCAAUGCGGCUAUUUCCUCUGGUGGAAGAUGUGGGCAAGGCUGCGCUGCGACGUCGACUACACCGGCGACUGUGUUCUUUCCUCAAGGGACUUACCUCGUGUCCACUCCCAUCAUUGCACUCUACUACACCGAACUCGUUGGUGAUGCGAAGAAGCUCCCCACCUUGAAAGCGUCUGCCGGCUUCACUGGUAUUGCGGUCAUUGAUGCCGACCCCUACCUCUCAGGCGGUGCCAACAUGUACGUGAACCAGGAUAACUUCUACAGGUCGGUUCGCAAUCUGCACAUAGAUUUGACGGCCAUGCCUGCGACUACGAGCGCGACGGGCUUGCACUGGCAAGUUUCCCAGGCGACCUCGCUAUAUAAUGUGGUCGUGGAUAUGUCGACAGCUUCCAAUACUGCGCAUCAGGGCAUAUUCAUGGAGAACGGAUCAGGUGGCUUUAUGGGAGAUCUAGUCUUCAACGGCGGAAAGUUCGGAAUCUGGGUCGGCAAUCAACAGUUUACCGCACGGAACAUUACCGUCAAUAAUGCGCAAACGUGUAUCUUCGCUCUGUGGAACUGGGGAUGGACCUUCCAAGGCAUCACCCUCAACGGUUGCAAGACAUCCGGCUUUGACAUGACCAUCGGCACGAAGGACGGCUCGUCCCAGGGCGUGGGUGCGGAAGCUAUUGUUGACGCCGUCGUGACAAACACUCCGAUCUUCUUGCGUCAGACGGCAGGCAGUACUGGAACUCUCGACGGAUCCGUCGUCUUAUCGAACAUCAAGCUCACCAAUGUACCUAUCGCCGUCGGUGUACAAGGCGGUGCGACUGUACUGAAUGGUGGCACGACAACCAUCUCUGGCUGGGCACAAGGCAAUAUCUUCACGGGCUCUAGCGGAUCGGCCUCGUACAAGUCUGGUUCGAUCUCGAUUCCGAAGGCCUCUUCCCUUCUCGACAGUGCAGGUCGCAUUGUUGGAAAGACCAGGCCAACGUAUGCCAAUCAUGCGGCAAGUGACUUCGUCAGUGUUAGGAGCCAAGGCGCAAGGGGUGAUGGUAAUACCGACGACACUGCUGCACUUCAAGCCGUGUUCGACAAGUUCGCCGGCUGUAAGAUCAUCUACUUUGAUGCUGGCGUUUACGUCAUCUCCAACACGCUCAAGAUCCCGGCUGGUGUGCAGAUUGUGGGCGAAGCGUGGACUACCAUCAUGGCGAGCGGCUCGGCCUUCAACAGCAUAUCUAGCCCGAAAGUCGCAGUGCAAGUCGGCACCUCAGGCUCUACCGGAUUGGCCGAGUUCUCCUCCAUCCUUUUCACUUCCCGUGCGCCCGCUGGCGGCGCCAUUCUCGUCGAGUGGAACGUACACGACCCUUCUGGGCAACAAGCCGCCGCGGGCAUGUGGGACACUCUGUUCCGCAUGGGUGGCGCUGUUGGAACGAACAUGCAAGUCUCGCAAUGCCCAACCUCCAACUCGGGAACUACCGGUUGCCAAGGAGCUUUCCUGGGCUUGCAUUUGACUUCUUCUGCCUCCGCGUACCUCGAAGGAACGUGGCUGUGGGCAGCAGAUCACGAUAUCGAUAACGGUGCACAAAUCAAUGUGUUCAGCGGCCGAGGGCUCCUCUCACAGUCUCAAGGGCCUGUGUGGAUGAUCGGGACGGCAUCUGAACACCACGUCCAUUAUCAGUACAAUCUCGUUAACGCCGCUAAUCACUAUAUCGGUCUCGCGCAGACCGAGACCGCCUACUUCCAACCGAGCCCGGCCUCUCCGGCUCCGUUCACGAUCAACUCCGCCUACGGAGAUCCGGCCACUUCUGGUGGCAUGGGGUGGGCAAUGAACAUCGCCAGCUCCUCGAACAUUCUUGUAUAUGGUGCUGGGUUCUACAGUUGGUUUGAUGAUUACAAUCAAGCAUGUCAAGUUCCCAACACCUGCCAACAGCAGAUCUUCAACGUCGAUUCGUCGUCAAGUGUUUCCGUCUAUUCUCUGUCUACCGUAGGGACGGGGAAUUCAUUCAGCAUUAAUAACCAGGCCGUCAUUGCCGCCAGUACAGGCAAGAACGGAUUCGCCAAUACCGUCACCGCAUGGACUCGCUCGUGA